AUGAACAACAACAAGACCAACAACAACGCCAACGUUGGCGAGACCAUCGGCGGAGCCGCCAACUUCCUCACAAGCACACUGGGCAACACCGUCGGUGGCCUUGGCCGCACAGUCGGCAACGUUACCGGAGCCGCAACCCGUGGUGUUGGCGACACUGUCACCUCAGCGACGGGCAGCACUGGCGCUCCUAUCGGCAACGCUGUAGGCAACCUCGGCACUGGACUCGAGGGUGGCCUCAACAGCAUCUCCAAGGGCGUCGAGGAUGCUGGACAGUGGAAGAAGCCUUAA